GAGGAUCCCGGUGUUUCACUUUCUCAGCCAAGGGAGGAUUGGCCGCAUGUAACGAAGUAUAGAGGUCUGGUCUCUGCGCAAGAGCAUCGUGUUGAGAUAAUUGAGGAUCCCUGCAAGUCUCACCAGGAUCCCGAUGCUACGCCAGACAUAUCGCCACAGCAGCAGCAGAAUCCCUCCAGCCAACACGAUGAUCAAACACCCGAUGAACUUGAAGAAAUUCUUGUUUAUGACAAAUGGCCCCGCCAGUGGACAGAAUGGGAUGAUCUUAGAGUGGAGGCGGAGCAGUACGAAAUGUGUCGAAGUUGGC